AUGGUCCAGAAGCGCACUGUGGUCUCGAUCCUCGUGCCGACGUGGAACGAGCGAGAGACGCUGCCGCUCGUAGUCUGGCACGUCCACGAGGCCUGCACCGAGAGGCAUGUCGACUACGAGCUCGUGAUUGUCGAGGACAACAGCGACGACGGAUCGCUCCAGGUGGCGCAGAAGCUCCAGGGCAUCUACGGUAGCAGCCGCCUCGUCAUUGUGGCGCGGAAAGGCCGCCUCGGGCUCUACUCGGCGCUCAUCGAUGGGCUGCUCAAGGCCACGGGCGACUAUAUCGUUGUGCUGCCGGCCAACUUGACACAGCACCCCAAGUACAUCCCGGACUUGGUGGCGCUGCAGCAAGCCACGCAGGCCGACGUUGUCGCGACCUCACGCUUUGGCGAUGCCCACGACGGAGUCUGUGAUUGGAGCUUUGGGCAACGUCUGCAGUGCUGCGUGAAGACCGUUCUCGCUGAUCUUUUGUUCACGUUGCGCCUCUCGGACCCGACAUCGAGCUAUCGCCUCUACAAGCGCCAAGUGUUUGCGCAGCUUGUACAAGCUCUUGGCGCUACAAGGAUCGCAGACUCUUCCUGCCAUCUCGGUCUCGCCUUCGCCGUGGUCGCCGAAGCGAUGCACAGUACUGUCGCCGAGGUACCUGUGACGGCCAUGCAGGCCGCCUACAGCGACAAGGACGACGUCGCUCUGGCGUCGGUCGGGCGCUUCGCGCUGCAUGCCAUCCGGCUGUAUCUUGGGCAAUGACGCUUCGUAACGGCUGGGGGCAUUAACCGUGCGCGAUCGUAUUCGGAUUAUUUAUAAAAUACUCUCGACAAGCAUACAAUACGCAAGAUACAUGCGGGCCAAAAUGUAUUAAAAUACGUUCGCCUUGAAAUACCAG